ACUUUUGUGAUCUCAAUUGAUACAAAAAUAAACCAGGGAAGGAUUGUUCUCACGGUGACAACCACUGUUCAGGUGAAGCCAAAAACCCACGCGUUUCCAUGCAUAAAAGCACAACUCAACAAUUUUUACUGAGCUGCAAUGGCAAUGUGGCAACAAAGAUCCCCAUCUUCACAAGCCACCUCAUCUUCUUUUACGUUUUUCAGUGUUUUCUUUUCUCUACAUUUCUUUGUUUUUUGUUAUUUUCCCGAACAGUGGCCCUGAAACUUGUUUCUCAUGCAAAACCCUUACUCACCAUCUUACCCUUCAACGUGUCGCCAUAUUGCACUUCCCACUCCUCUUUAAGACACCACCACCCCAUGUCGAUCUCUUCCUCACCUCUUGUCUCAGUUUAUCUACAUCCCAUAUCUUCAUUUUCGCUGCACAAACCAACCUCCUCGAAGUCGCGUUACCAUCGCCAAUGGCUGAUCGUAAGCAGCCACACCAAGUGCAAGUGCAUGGCUUGAGGGGUCAACAACAGCAAGGGCCAUCAGCCUCCAAAGUCCUAGCUGUGCUCACAAUGCUACCUGUAGGUGGUGGGCUUCUUGCACUUGCAGGUAUAACCCUAGUAGGCACCCUGAUCGGCCUGACUGUCACCACCCCUCUUUUUUUUCUGUUCAGCCCCGUUCUAGUCCCAGCUGCCCUUCUUAUUGGGUUUGCAGCGACCUCGUUUUUGGCUUCUGGGGCCUUAGGGCUGACAGGGUUCAGGUCGCUCUCCUGGGUUGCUAGGUACGUCCAGGAGGCUACCCGGACCAUGCCGGAGAACCUGGACCAGGCAAAGAGGUGCAUGCAAGACAUGGCAGGUUAUGUGGGGCAGAGGGCCAAGGAAGUGGGCCAGGAAAUCCAGAGGAAGGCACAUGAAGGGAAAUGAAAUCAAGUGAGGAAUAGUGUUGGUUUCUAGGGUUCUAUAUGCGAGGGCUGGUUUUCCAGAGGUACUUUGUUGUAUGUAGUUAUAAGAGAUCUCGAUUGCGAGAGUUAGCAUUGAGUUUGGUUUAUGAGCUCUACCCUUAGAAAGUGAGCAUUAGGUGUUUUGUG